AUUCCACAGACUAGGACGAUACAAGACACCAUGGCAACCGCACAAGACGUACAGUCGUUACUACGUUUCCUAUCACAAGAUGCGAAAGUGCCGCUCGCUCAGGCAUUAGGGAAAAUGAAGAACUGUCAAGAAGCGAAAAUAAUCACCGCAUCGGACAUCGCGAAAGCAGACUUCGAAAGCCUCAAAAAUGUCUUUGGAGAUGAGAAGUUGGCGCGACAGGUGCUCAACGCCGCAAAACGUGUCUCGAAGAAACGAUCAUCGACCGAUGACACUGCUGAGGCCCCAGCGGGACCUCCAAAGAGAACCAAGAGGUCUAUAUACGAACAACCUUUGGAUGGUUUCCAGCUUGAAGCAUCUCUUGCGCUCCCUGGUGCAGAGCUUGACGACGAAAAGCUCAAAUCCGUGGUCCUCUACACAAAUCGCGCCCCUUUGCUUCUCGCGUUCGUGGUGACACUACUGAAAUACACCAUGCCCGAACAGCCCGUCUCGAGCAGACUUAGUCUUGCACAAGCAGUUACCAGUGUUAACAGCAAAGCAAAAGCGGUAAACAUUGGGAUCGAUAGCGGCAAAACAGCAGAGGAAGAUAAAUGGGGCGCUGGACAACCACUCAUCAAGGUCAUGAAUCGAGACAUCCGUGUGAUGAAGCGGUGGGGAUACGAAUGGGAAAAUGCCUCUACACAAGAGACACUCGAGGACGAGCCAGCCGCUGCCAAAGAUCCCGCACUAUGGGGCAUUGAUCUCGAAGCGCUCAAAAGAGUGGAUCAACCUGGAUCACACAAAACGUCGAGUGAGCUUCCCAUCUACACAGCUCAGUCGGCGCGAUCGUAUCUUCUGAAGGCUUUUGAGACACCGAAAGCAGCGGCGGGAAAUACAUCGGUCAAGCGGACGAACACUGCUAUCGUAGCGGAGAAAGAGCGUAACCUUGGUCUUCUCUUGGGUGCGCUCGAGCUUUUAUAUCAGUCAUGGGCCCAUGUCCUGAGCAAGGAAGAUCUCGAUAAGCGGGCGUGGGGCUGGUAUGUGCGUAUGCGUCCAGAGGUAGCGUCGGGGACAGCAGGAUGGGGAGGAAAGGGCAAUGUCAAGUUGUCAGGGAUUCUCGAGUUGAGACGACCUACCGAUCGUCUUAAAAAAGAGGUUGAAGGGACAUGAUGAGUAUAUCAAAUUUCAAAUUCAGUACCUCUCACUGAAAAGUGUCUCAAUCCGUGCUUUCAUCUUUCGAACCACCAAUUUUCCUGCUCGAACACCAACUUCCCAAUGCCCUUAGAUCCUUGGCCGCCGUAACACAUGUCGUCUUGCCCUCUUUAUCAGUAACAUUCUUUCGUACAAGUUCCAGCUCGCCAUCGCCUCCUGAUCCUCCUGUCGACGAACCUCGAUCCAAGUAAAUCGAAUUCCACCCAGCAGCUUCAGCACCCAAGUAAUCUUUCUCAAGCUCA